UGGCCGCAGCGGGCCUAUAAAGCAGUCCAUGAAACUCAAAAAACACCAGGAACGAUGUCGAAUGCAGGCAGCGAAGCGCAGGACCAGCCAGACCUGGCGUUGGACCCAUCUGACCCGCUCAACUUGCUGCUGAACAACUCGGGUACCGACUCAGACUCGGAUUUAUCACAGACAGCGGGCCCGCCAGACUGGUCGCAGCUGUCGUCAUUGUGGUUGCAAGCCCACCAGCCAACCCCCGGAGUAAACAGCAAGCCUCAGGAUGUGUCCACCAUGUUUGACUUUCCCUUCCCAAUGGACAUGGAACUCACUUAUCCUCCGUCGAUAGCCAUGGGCGUCGAUCCAAGCAUGCUCUACCUCGAUAAUAACAAGGGUCUGCAUUUCUCCAUACCCGAGAUGACGUCUGCAGUGCCCAUUCGUCCACGAGAUCUGCUGGCGGAGUCAUCUCUCAGUUCAGCAGACGACAGUUCAUCAAGCACGAGUUCUCCGGGCAGCCCUUCCGUCGGCUUUGGCGCAUCGCCUGUCGUGUCUCAUGCCCCCACCCAUAACCCAGACAUCCCAUACUACCAUUCGAACGCCGUUAUCGCACCAAUCCUCAACGCCCGCAUACAAUCCCUCAAAGCUGCCGUACCCGCGCUACGUGUACUUGACCCAAACUACAGAAACGACGAGCACAGGGUCGACGAGCGCGGGUACAUUGAUGGCGUCAAAGUUGCCCGCAAGGGCAGCAAGGCAAAUGUACUCGGCAAAGCCGUGGAGUAUAUACAAGUUCUCAAGAGGAGAGAAGCCCGACUGAAUCGAGAGAAGGAGGGUCUGCGAACCCUUGUCUGCCGUUUCCCAAAUGGAGAGACCGUCCUCACGCAGUGGGAAAUGGAAUGGGUGAAGAAGUACGGCGGACCUGAACGUGAUGAGAUCGAUAAUGCCGGUGUUGAAGAAGCGAGUGACGAAGAAGAUGGUGACGACGACGACGACGGAUCGGAACGCGCAAGGAAGAAACCCAAAGUGGAAUGUCCUCCGCAAAAGAAAGAAAAGCGCAAAAUUGCACCUGCCGUCCCUGCCACUAUGCAGGACACUGCUGCUGCCGCUGCCUUGGUCGCGCCACCUCCUGUAUCUGCCUCCGCCACUUCCAUAUUGUUAACAGGUCCAAACGUAGCGUCUCACGGACAGGCUGUCUCACAGACGGCGUCGCAAUUCGCUCAGCCUCAACAGUACCUCCUUGCUGUGUUCGCGUUGAUCUCGUUUUUCAAUUCCCCGCUAACUACAUCAAUGUCUGCCAAACAGUACCGCCCUACGCACGAAGGCGUAGUGUUUGACUCCGUAGAGGCAAUACAUUUACUCGCGUCUGCCCUCGUCAUUUUCUCCAUCGUCCUCACGUGGAUUCCACUGCCUACCCGAUGGUCUCAAUCGCGCAUCCUGCGGUUCGUACCCUUCCGUUUCGUGAUUAGCCAGCCUAACGUGAGCGACUCUGAUUCGGAAGCAGGUUCAUCCUCAAACGAGGGAACCUGUACGCGCUGGAACCCUUUGUUCCUUACCUUGAACUCGAAGGGGUCGAAAGAUGAAUACCAAAAGUUGAUCGAUGUGUUGGAAGUUAACCUUGGCGUCGCCGGUCUUUUCCGCGGAGCUAUAGGAUUAUGGUCUCCUCGCGACUCUGAACACCGCCUGAAGCGCCAAGCAUGGAUGCGUCUUGCAGAACUGAUCGUGCUAAAAUCAGGAGAUGCAAGGGUUUCGGUUGCUCUACGCUUGCAGGUGUACAACAACCUCUCGUCGGGCCUCCACACUUCCGCCACAGAGCAAUCCCCGCCAAAUCUUGUGUCGGAUUUGUGCACACUCGCGCUCCUUGUAUAUUCCCUUCCCCUUCCCUUUGCACAAUCGAGGGCAGAACGCCUGUGGAAUCGUGCAUGGAGAAUUGUGGACACAAACGCCCAUCACGUAUUCACGUUCGAGCGCCUAAUCUUUAAAGAGAUGACGCUGGAAGGUGCUCUGGAGUGCUUGUCGGUGUCUUCGGAAGGUACAGACGUGAACGGCCCCACCCCCAUUACUACGCUUGGUUCGACGCUGCUACACCGGAGAUUGCUUGCCCAUGCGUCAUCGCUGUUCGUUCACCGCGUCGCCGAGGCCCACGAAGGCGUAGUAGAAGACUUUUCCUCCGAAGACGAGGAAAAGCGGUGGCGGGAAACAGUCGAAUACGGGUGUAGCAUCGAUGGUGGUAUCGCCGCGCUUUGCAGUGUUUUCAAGAGAACAUUGGACGUUGACGCCUUGGAGUGGGGUUCUGUGGACUCGAGUUUGCAGGCGCUACUGACUGCUAUUAUCCUUCAUCAACAAGUGUUUCCUCGCAGACAAUCCGACAGUACUCUGGGCUCCCUCGCGGAUUUUAAUACGUCCUUCCUCUCGCCCCCGCCGAGCCCGCAGAGUGGACAACCCAAGGAUGCCCGAAGUCGUCGGCUGCGCUGCAUUCUAGGCUCGAGCGUUUUCGAACAGAGUGCCACAAGCAGCGACACCCAAUCGGACGCGUGUUCAUUAUCACUAGAAGAUGCGCGUGACCGUGUGGUUGACGAACUCGUCAACCUCGAGAGAGAGACACGGAGGUUACGUUGAGCGUGGCAGUUGACAUUUAUGCUUCUGUAUGGGUACCGUCGAAUAUUGUACUUCGCGUAUUGAUUAUUUCUUUAUCUGUUUCUUUGUUGCCCCUUACGAGUUAUGUGUUUUUAUGGAGUAUCUAAUCAGUACGACAAUUAUUAGGCCUGCACAAAGUUACAUGAUUGGAAGAAAAGCCCAGCCAUUUUGUUCAAUUUCUUCUA